CAUCAAUUUCUCCAUCCUUCAAUUUCAAGUAACAUUACUAAACUUUGACAAAAGAUGGGUUACAAGGCAUUUCUGUUUCUUGGCCUUUUUCUGGCCAUUUUUGUAAUGAUAAGCUCUGAGGUUUUAGCUAGGGAGCUGUCUGAGACUUCCACCACUUCAGCAGAGGACUCAAAGAAAUCCAAUAGCAAGAAUGAAGUACAUGAAUCUCAAUACCCUGGCGGUGGUGGGGGAUACCCUGGCGGUGGUGGUGGAAACCCUGGCGGCGGAUACCCUGGCGGUGGUGGUGGUGGACGUGGAGGUGGUGAACACGGUGGUGGUGGACGUGGAGGUGGCGGACGCGGUGGUGGUGGACGUGGAGGUGGCGGACGCGGUGGAGGAUACUGCCGCUAUGGUUGUUGCGGCCGCCGGAAUUAUUAUGGUUGCAGCAGGUGCUGCUCCUACAAAGGUGAGGCCAUCCAUGGAUAAGGUCACUGAAGCUUUGUACUCGCAAGAUGUAAUAGUAAUAAUCUUGCAGCUUUAGAGCUUGUUGUAACAAGUUAUGAAUAAAAUUAAGUCAUCAUUUAAUGUUUGUGUUAGUUAUACAAUGGUGUGAUAAUGUUUUCCCUUU